AUGCUGCGGCAGCUUUCGGCGCGGCUCUCGCCGACGACUAGGUUUUUGGCGAGGGGAAAUGCGUGGAGGAGGGGGAUGGCGACGGAACCCACGGAACUAGACCAGAUCACCACUCUCCCCAACGGCCUGCGUGUGGCAUCCGAGGCACUGCCCGGCUCCUUCGCCGGCGUGGGCGUCUACGUCGAGGCCGGGUCUCGCUUCGAAACCCCUUCGCUCCGGGGCGUGUCGCACAUCAUGGACCGGCUGGCCUUCAAGAGCACCUCGUCGCACACGGCCGACGCCAUGCUCGAGCGCGUGGAGAAUCUCGGCGGCAACAUCCAGUGCGCGUCGUCGCGAGAAUCCAUGAUGUACCAGGCCGCCACGUUCAACAAUGCGGUCCCCGAAACGGUCUCCCUGCUGGCCGAGACGAUCCGCGAUCCCAACAUCACCGAGGACGAGGUCGCCGAGCAGAUUGAGACGGCGAGGUAUGAAAUCGCCGAGAUUUGGGGCAAGCCGGAGCUUAUCCUGCCAGAGUUGGUGCACACAGCCGCGUUUAAGGACAAUACCCUGGGCAAUCCGCUGCUGUGUCCGGAGGAGAGACUGGGCGAGAUCAAGAGGGACACGGUGCUCAAGUACAGAGAGGCGUUUUACCAGCCGGAAAGAAUGGUGCUGGCGUUUGCGGGGGUCGAUCAUGGUGUUGCCGUGCGGCUGGCGGAGCAGUUCUUCGGCGACAUGAAGAGCACGAGUUUGCCGGGCGCGAGGGAGGUGACGGGGAGUGAAACGGAGAGCGACACCGACUCCGCUUCGUCUUCUUCUUCGUAUACGUCGGCGUCGUCGUCGUCGUCGGCAACUCCCCGAACGCACAUCAUGUCCAAGAUUCCGUUCAUCAAGAACCUGUCCACGUCGGCGCCUCGCAACGCCGCUGUGCUGAACAACCUGCCCGCUGAUAUUGCCGCUUUCCCGGCCCACUACACGGGGGGAUUCCUCUCGCUGCCGGCGCAACCGCCGUCGCUCAACCAGACCAACUUUACGCAUAUCCACCUGGCAUUCGAGGGCCUUCCCGUGGGGUCGGAUGACAUCUACGCGCUGGCGACGUUGCAGACGCUCCUCGGCGGCGGGGGUUCGUUCUCGGCCGGCGGCCCAGGCAAGGGCAUGUACUCGCGGCUGUACACCAACGUGCUCAACCAGUACGGCUGGGUGGAAUCGUGCGUGUCCUUCAACCACUCAUACACGGACUCGGGGCUGUUUGGCAUCUCGGCGUCGUGCCUGCCGGGCCACACGUCGGCCAUGCUGGACGUCAUGUGCCAGGAGCUGCGGGCGCUCACGCUCGACACGGGCUUCUCGCGCCUGCAGGAGGGCGAGGUGUCGCGGGCCAAGAACCAGCUGCGGUCGAGCCUGCUAAUGAACCUGGAGUCGCGCAUGGUCGAGCUGGAGGACCUCGGCCGCUCCGUCCAGGUCCACGGCCACAAGAUCCCCGUCCGGGACAUGUGCGCGCGCAUCGAGGCCCUCACCGUCCGCGACCUGCGGAGGGUCGCGAGCAUGGUUGUCCACGGCACGCUUGGGAACCCCGGCCGCGGGAGCGGCGCGCCCACCGUCGUCGUCCAGGAGGCGCAGGCGUAUGGCCUGACGAGCCACUCCAUGACCUGGGACCAGAUCCAGGACCGUAUUGACGCCUGGAAGUUGGGCAGGAGAUGA